CAGUCGCUUAAAUGGAAACGAACGCGUAAAACCUGGCAACUCGGUGGCAAUUUCCUAUCUACGAUCGAAAUCUUGAUACAUAUUUCGAAUCCAAAUUCAUUUACUGUCACUUGUUAGUGAAACUCGAGGUUUUUCGGAUUGUGUCAAAUUAUUUCGAUCCUGACAAUACUUUUUUGUUUGAUUGUAAAAAAUGGCUGAUCCCAAAUAUGCCGACUUACCUGGCAUUGCGUAUGAUCAAGUCGAUGUAUACGAGACAACUGAUUUACCAGAAUCUGAGCAAUUUGAAUUGUACCCCGAGGAUAAUACUGAGUCUAUAGAAAAAUUGCAUAUUAGUGCUACAGAAGCAUUUAAUAAAUUUAAAGGUAAACAUGUUAUCAGUGAGACAGUUGAUUUUUCAGACUGCGUGUCACUUAAAAGAAAGACAGGCUACAAAUUUGGGGAUUGGGAACUUCCUGGAGAGGGAGAGAUGGAAACACCAAUUCAAAAAUACCAACGGUUACAGCAUGAGAUUAAAGAAUUAUAUGAAGAAAUAAAUGAUAUGAAGCAAAAGGCACAGGAUGAAGCAGAAGUGAAAUCUGUAGUUGAUAUAAUUUCACAAGUACAGGAUUUAGGAAAGCAAUUGGAUUGCUUAAAAUUAGAAGAAUGCCUUGGAGCUGAUCUUGUUGCAACUCUAUCAGAUCCACAAGGAACUAGGCUGAAACAAUUGAUAUCUCAAAUAGAAGCAUUUAAACAGACAAGUAUUCCUACCUCUGAAUCUGAUUCAAAGGAGAAGAGUACAAAAGUUGAUAAAACAACUGAAUCUAAUGUUCUCAAAUAUCAGAUGACAUACCUCCCGGAAAAAGCAAGAAUGCAAGAAACUGCGAGGAUUGCACUGCUUGAACAGAGACUUUGCAAUUUAGAAAGUAUUAUGGGCACAACUACUGAUAAACUUUCGAAAUUUUCACAGAAUCUCAAAGGUCAAGGUGUAAUGGAAGCUGUGCAAGAAUUAGGAGCAAAAGCUGCAUUAUUAGAUACAUACCAACUAGAUAUAAUUGAAAAUCAAUUGGCUUCUGUAAUUCACAGAAUGGACACUAUUGUACAAAAAAAGGUUGCAUUGACUUUAGAUACAGAACAGGAACAGAAGAUAUCAGAAAUGUACGAAAUCAUGAAGCAAACAGAAACUAUGUCACAAAUCUUACCUCAAACUGUAAAUCGAAUGUUGGCUUUAAAUACAAUUCAUCAGCAAGCUGCCGAGUUUAAUAAAUCUUUAACACGUUUAGACGAGCUACAAUUACAAAUCACAUCCGACUUGGAGAGCAAUAAAUCUCUUUUGAAAGGAGUACAAGAAAGUUUUGCGUCAAAUUUAGAAAUCAUAAAAAAUAAUAUAGAAGCGCUUGAUGAACGUGUUAAAAAAAUUAGCAAGUGAUAAUUUAUUGUAACGAGAAUUCAUUAUAGACUAAUAAUCGAACUUUUUUAAUACACGUUUAUUAAAUUAUAUAUUUCUUAGUACUUUUUAAAUUGCUGAUAGUUCGAUAUAAAAAUGAUAUAUUGCAUUUCUAACAUAUUUUUUAUCAUGGUUUCAUGAAAUUGAUCGACUUUUUUCCAGUUAUAGUAUUUUCAAUGACACGAGAAGAAAGCUCUUUAAUGUAUAAAUAUCACAAAUGUGAAAUAAAUUAACAUCAUGCUUGAGA